CUCCGCAAGCACCGCCCAUUACGCCCACGAUGUCCGGAGAGAACGACAGCGGAAGCCCUGCCGCGGAACGACAGGACGCACCUGCCGGCGGCAGCGAACACCUUAAUAUCAAGGUGACGGACAACAAUAACGAGGUUUUCUUCAAAAUCAAGCGCUCUACUAAGCUCGAGAAGUUGAUGACGGCCUUUUGUGAGCGUCAAGGCAAGGUCGUCGAUUCCGUGCGCUUUCUGUUUGAAGGGCAGCGGGUUCAAAAGAGCGAUACACCCGAAUCGCUGGAGAUGGCCGACGGUGACACAUUGGAAGUUCACCAGGAGCAGGUGGGAGGUGCCUGUCGCCGCUGAUAUUGCCAAUAUUCCUAUGAUUAGCAGAUCAAUCUCGCCGUUGGCAUGAUAUAUGGAUGGAAUAUGGAUUGGAACGGGAGGAUUCAAAGGGUUCACCGUAUCCCCGAUUUAAGUCAGGUGACAGAAGCAACAGGGACAACUAUAAACGAGAGCUGCGUUUGUUCUUCCUAUAUUUUCGUCUUAUAUCUCCAACUACUUGCGGGAUUAUCUAUCGUUUUCUGCUCGCCUUUUGCUGUCUUAUACAUGUUCAGACUCUAAGCAGUCCUAACGAAUGGAGGAAGCAGAUCUAUUAUUUCCAGCCCUAUCUCUUUAACUUUGUAAUUGAAGGUUUCUACGUUUUCGAGAGCAAGAACAACACGACUAUAUCAAUCGGUGGGAAGUCAAUGGGAAACUCAAGAUUACCGAAACAGGAGGGGAUCCUAUUUUAUCGGAUGAUUGAUCGAGCAGGAGACAUAGUAGGAGGGUGAAAUAAAAAAUCAAAGUGCAAAAAAUACGUCAUGACAUAUCACAUCACAAAACCACAUAAAACCGUAAUAGUUAGUUAAAAAGAUAACCAAGCAAGUCUUUUUGUAUUUCCGAACUGCUAUUGC